CGUCGCUGCGCGCUGAGCCCGGAAGAGGCGCGGGCCGGGAAGGUGGGCGGCGACGUUGCCGCGUCCCGGUCCCCAUGGCUCUGUGGCGCGGCUCUGCCUACGCCGGCUUCCUGGCGCUGGCGGUGGGCUGCCUCUUCUUGCUGGAGCCGCAGCUGCCCAGCUCGGCGCUGCGCUCGCUGUGGAACUCGCUGCAGCUGGGGCCCGCGCCCCCGGGAUCCGGCUCUCCUGAGGGCCGGUUGGCGGCCGCCUGGGACGCACUCAUUGUGCGGCCAGCCCGGCGCUGGCGCCGCGUGGCCGUGGGAGUCAAUGCAUGUGUGGAUGUCGUGCUCUCAGGGGUGAAGCUCCUGCAGGCACUGGGCCUGAACCCUGGGAACGGGGAAGAUCACUCCAUUCUGCAUUCCAGGAACGAUCUGAAAGAAGCCUUCAUUCACUUCAUGGGGAAGGGAGCAGCUGCUGAGCGCUUCUUCAGUGAUGAGGACACUUUCCAUGACAUUGCCCAGACCGCGUCAGCAUUUCCAGGAGCCCAGCACUAUGUAGGAGGAAAUGCAGCUUUAAUUGGACAGAAAUUUGCAGCCAAUUCAGAUUUAAAGGUUCUUCUUUGUGGUCCAGUUGGUCCAAAACUGCAUGAACUUCUUGAUGACAAUGUAUUUGUUCCACCAGAGUCGCUGCAGGAAGUGGACGAGUUCCACCUCAUUUUAGAGUAUCAGGCAGGUUUCUUGACCUCUGGUUCUGUUGUGCUGAUACUGUCCAGAGUGUUACAACACCGAAGAAAAUUCCCAGGGGAGGAGUGGGGCCAGUUAAAAGCUCCCCAUGCCAACCGAUUCAUCUUCUCCCACGACCUCUCCAACGGGGCCAUGAAUAUGCUGGAGGUGUUUGUGUCUAGCCUGGAGAAGUUUCAGCCAGACCUGGUGGUUCUCUCUGGAUUGCACAUGAUGGAGGGACAAAGCAAGGAGCUCCAGAGGAAGAGACUCUUGGAGGUUGUGACCUCCAUUUCUGACAUCCCUGUUGGCAUUCCAGUUCACCUAGAGCUGGCCAGUAUGACCAAUAGGGAGCUGAUGAGCAGCAUUGUGCAUCAGCAGGUCUUUCCCGCAGUUACUUCCCUUGGGCUGAAUGAACAGGAGCUGUUAUUUCUCAGCCAGUCGGCAUCUGGACCUCACUCUUCUCUCUCUUCCUGGAACGGUGUUCCUGAUGUGGGCAUAGUCAGUGACAUCCUCUUUUGGAUCUUGAAGGAACAUGGGAAGAGUGAAAGCAGAGCCUCAGACCUCACCAGGAUCCAUUUCCACACACUGGUCUACCACAUCUUGGCAACUGUGGAUGGGCACUGGGCUAACCAGCUGGCAGCCGUGGCUGCAGGAGCUCGCGUGGCUGGGACACAGGCCUGCGCAACAGAAACCAUAGACACCAGCCGAGUGUCUCUGAGGGCUCCACACGAGUUCCUGACCUCCCAUUCGGGGGCAGGCUCCAGGAUCAUAUUAAACCCUGACAAGCCAGUGGUAGAAUGGCACAGGGAGGGCGUGGCCUUCCACUUCACACCUGUAUUGGUAUGUAAGGACCCUAUUCGAACUGUGGGCCUUGGAGAUGCCAUUUCAGCUGAAGGCCUCUUCUAUUCAGAAGUACACUCUCACUAUUAGGAAGGUGGUUGUGGAUCAUUUUUCUGAAGAAGGAGAACUAGCCUAUUUAAGAAUUACAGGCAUUAAGUGAUUCGGAAAAUAGGUCGAGGGUGUCAAAACAGUUUCUAGAUCUGAUUGAAAGACAGCCAAAGAAACAGCUGAUUAAACUGUAUCAGAUACAUUCCAGCCUGUUGACAAUUACAAAAAGACAUUUCAGGUUUUAAUCAAAAUUUAGCUAUCUACUAAUGAGACUGGAUUUUCGGUGUUUUUAUGUUGUGUGUCAUAGGGGUAAAAACCUGAUUCCCAAAUUCCCAAUUUAUGCAGCAUUGUCAGGUAUUUUAGGCCAAACUAAUUCACCCGUGAGCGCAUGCCAGCUGGAGAAAACCUUUACCUGUCGCCCACCUCAGAAGUGCAUGCGCACUCCGUGUCUAGUAAAGCCGGAGGCAGCUUCCAGUGUUCUCUCCUCUCCCAGCGCUCGGGGACAGGGCCACGAUUUCCAUUCAGUGUUUUAAUGAAAAUGCUUGAUGAGCACACCAUCUCAAUCUUCCGCUCUCACACUUAAGACAGCCACAGGUGAAGACAAAACCACCCCUUACCCCGCCUGUGCUUUAGAGUCGCAGCUGAGGCGGGGGAGCCCAGUGGGGCCUUUGAGGGAAUCAGCCAUUCUGUGCUGAUUCAGAAGCCUGGCCGACCUGCAGAGUGCCACAAGAGCUGAAGGGUUGUGUCUUCCUGCCGUGGCUCCUUAGACUGUAGUCUGGCUGGUCAGAGACUACUGUGCCUGGGCCCAACCUCAUUGCCCAGCUUUGGCCAUGCUUUCUCCCAUAGAAGACUGAUCUCUGUUCAUUCUGACCCUUGAAGGCAUUUGCUUUUACAACUGGAAUAUGCUUCUCUGUGUAUAACUGAUCAUGUGUGUUUUACAUUGACACAUCACAUCCAUUAAAGAAUUUGACCUCAUAAGAGCCCCAGGAUCAUGAAA